AAUUGAUUGUUCCAUUCCAUUCAAGAAUUGGCUGGAUGGAGAGAGACCAUCCAGAUAUUGUCACCCCUGGAAAGACGGAUCAAAAUGAUAUUCAUGGUUCUAACCCUGACCUCAAUAAGGUCAACAUCGAGCCAAAUGCUUUGCGUGUUUCUGCUUCCCCCGACAUCACGGAGAAUCGUACUCAGAAACCUGCAGAAAAGGUUACUUCUUUAGCAGGGGAACAAGGAAAUCAGAUCAGAGAGGAUGAGGAGAAUCAUAGUGAAAAUGCUCAAAACCAGUUGGUGCUUUAUGAUCCUGCUGUUGCUGCUGCUGGUGAAGUUGAACCUCUCCGUGCUCGAAGAAACUCCUUCCCGAAUUAUACAUCUAGGGUUUUGCCAUCUGUAGGGGCAUUUACUGUGCAGUGUGCUAGCUGUUUCAAAUGGCGGCUCAUACCUACAAAGGAGAAGUAUGAAGAAAUAAGGGAACACAUAUUGGAGCAGCCCUUCUAUUGUGAAACAGCUCGUGAGUGGCGUCCGGAGGUAUCGUGUGAUGAUCCACCUGACAUCACUCAAGAUGGAAGCAGGCUGUGGGCAAUU